AUGGCAGACAAGGACCACGAGGCUGCGCUCGCGGAGCUCCUCGGCGAGGUGGGCCCUUUGGACGAUAAGAAGGCGGGGGCCGACGCCGGCCAUCGAUCCUCGAAUGGAGUUCACACCGGCGAGGACGACGUGUCCGUGGAGCGCGAGCUUAACCUGGGUCCGCUGGACAUAACCUCCGAGAGGGACAACGACGUGUUCGCGGCGCUGGAGGAAGGUGGACUGGACCUCGAUCUGGUCAAGUACGCGGACCACGACGUGGUUCGGUCGGUGAUGGAGAACAGCGACGCGACGGAUCUCAAGCAAAGGGCGAAGGCUGUCGAGGACAAGCUGCAGUCGGUUGAGAUGGAGUCCAUCAAGGACUACGUGGCGGAGUCAGACAACAUGCUAGAGCUGCACGCGCAGAUUCAGAGUUGCGACGGCAUCUUGGGAGACAUGGAGUCCCUGUUGAGCGGGUUCAAGACGGAGCUCGGGAAGAUCAGCACCGAGAUUCGAAGCCUGCAGGACCAGAGCCAGUCCAUGGGGAUCAAGCUGAGGAACAGGAAGGCUGCCGAGCGGGGGCUGAGCGCGUUCGUAGAUUCGAUAACCCUGCCGCCGGACCUGGUUCGCGCCAUCGCCGAGGAGGACGUGUCUGAGCGAUACCUCUCCGCCCUCGCCGACCUCGAUCGGAGGUUGAAAUCUGUCGAGGCCAACCCGAGCGCGAGGGCGUCAAAGGCGGCGGAGGAUGUCGUGCCGGAGCUGGAGCGACUCAAAGCGACGGCGUGCGCAAAGUCGAGGGAGUUUUUGAUGGCUCGGUUUUACAGCCUGCGCAAGCCAAAGACGAACGUGCAGAUACUGCAGCAGAACUCCAUCAUGCCGUACAAGUACUUGGUGACGUUUUUGGCGAACCACGCUCCGGCAAUUCUGACAGAGGUUCGCGCCUGCUACGUGGAUACGAUGUCCAAGGUGCUGCGUCAGGCCAUACACGGCUACGUGUCCUCGCUGCGGAGCCUUCAGCAGGAUAUCGCGAGCAGGACCGACCUUUUGGGUGCUGAGGAGAACGCGGCGAGCGGCGGUGCCGGAAGUUUCUUUGCACAGUUUGGUGGUGCGAAGAGCGCGGCGGCGUUAAAGAACCGCUCCUCGGUGUUCUCGCUCGGCUCCAGGGCGGCGGUGCUCGGAAACCUGGAGACCACGCCGCCGCUGAUCGUCCACCAGGUGCAGUCACAGGGCCUGAAGGUGCCGCACGAGGCAUUGUUCAGGAGCAGCCACAAGCUUGUGAUGGACACGGCGACGUUUGAGUACCUGUUCUGCGUCGAGUUUUGGCAGCAGGACCGAACCAUCUUCAACGACGUGUUCGCGCCGACUAUCGCGACGAUGGAAGAAAACCUGCAGCUGGGUCUGGCGCAUGGUGGCGCGAGUAACGUGUUCGGCGGCAACUUUGAUGCCAUCGGGCUGCUGCUUAUGAUUUUAAUUAACAGGGAGCACCGGGUGGUGAUGUCCAGGCGGAGAGUGCCGUGCUUGGACCAUUACCUGGACGGGGUCAACAUGACACUCUGGCCAAAGUUCAAGGAGGUGUUCGAUGCGCACCUGCAGUCGGUUUUGGCCGCAAACGUCAACGCCAUGUUCAAGGAUGAUGUCAGGGCGCACUACGUGGCAAGAAGGUACGCAGAGUUUGCCGCUUCCAUGAUUGCGCUCGGCGGCGGGGGCUCGAUGGCCAACGGGGAAUCCGACGGGUUCAUAGGCGACGGGCAGCUAGAGAGCAACUUGGAGCGCUUGAGGUUCGCGGUGCACGCGCUACUGCAGAAGGUGGCCAAGAUGUUUCCAGGGAAGAAGCGCGGUACGGUGUUCUUGUUUAACAACUUUGACACAAUCUGCGCGGUUGUCAGGGAGGCUAGACCGAUCUUCCUCAAGUACGACGAGAACGGCGGCGGGCAGACGUUCAGUAACGAAACGUUCAAGUUCUUUGAUGAACAGCUCGCGGCGCAGUCCGAUGCCUUCGUCGAGGAGGAACUCGCCGACCACUUCGGGCCGCUCAUCGAGUUCAUAAAGAGCGCGGAGGCUUUGCAGAAGGGGGCCGAGGGCGAGGAAGGACAAGCGCCGUCGCUUCAGCAGGCUACGCAGUUGAUGCGCGACUUUGCCGAUCGUUGGAAGGGAGCCAUCGAGCGGAUUCACGCCGAGGUUAUCAAGAACUUCGGCAACCUGCAGCGGGGGAUGGAUGUGCUGCAGCGGACGCUCUCGCAGCUGCUGGUGUAUUACACCAGGUUCACGGGGCCGGAUGGCGUCCUGGCGCAGAUGGGACCGGACGGCGCGGCGCUUUGCAAGGAUGCGGUCACAAACCCCGCGUUCAUGUACGAGAUCAAGCGUCACUCGCAGUCGAGAAUCAACUGA